UCAACUCCUCCACGUUUCUGCGCCACAAUCCGGUCCCUCUCUUGAGGGCCCGCCCCCUGCCCUGGCAGGCCCCGCCCCUUCCCAUUUGAAGGGCGGGGCGGCGGCCGGUGCGGAGCAGCGAGAGCGAGAUGGCUGUGAACCAGAACCACACGGUGGACCCCCGCUGGGCCGCUAUCCCUCCUGGCGAAAGCCUCUUGAUGAAGAGUUUAGAUGUGGACCUCUCCUUCCCCCAGUCACCGCCAGGCUCCAACCUCUUCAGUGGUACGAGGAGGGGGACGCUGUUUCUCACCUCGUACCGGGUGAUUUUUGUGACGUCACGUCCAAACAAUGAUCCCAUGUUGUCUUUUACGAUGCCAUUUCAUCUCAUGAGUAACUGCAGCGUUGAACAGCCUGUCUUUAGUGCAAACUACAUUAAAGGGACGAUUCAGGCAGCUCCAGAUGGUGGCUGGGAAGGGUCUGCUACCUUUAAAAUGGUCUUCAGGAAAGGAGGUGCUAUCGACUUCGCCCAGUUGAUGGCCAAAGCUGCCUCUGCCGCUGCCCAAGGAUUUCCACUCAGAGUUGCAAGUUUCUGGAUGGGCCCUCCAGGCAUUUAUCUUGUUCCUGGGGAGAGGCACAUGUAUGCCCCACAGGCAAGCCAAGCUGCCUAUGGAGUCCCACCUGCAGGAUACGGAGCCCCACCCCCCAGAUAUGAUGUCCUGCCUCCAGGAUACGGAGCUGAGAGAUUCAGAUCCCCUCCUCCCCUAUACGUAGCUACCCCUGCGGGCUAUGGAGUGCCACCACCUGGGUACGGAGCCCCGCCUCCUGGGUACGGAGCUCCGCCCCCUGGGUACGGAGCCCCGCCUCCUGGGUAUGGAGCCCCGCCUCCUGGCUAUGAAGACCCCGCCGUGGAGUACGGAGUCCCACCUCCCAGAUACGAAACCACAUCUGUGCAGUCUGGAUCCCCGCCUCCCAGAUACGAAGCCCCACCUGUGGAGUAUGGAGCUCCCCCUUCGGGAUCGGGGUCCGUACCUUCCGGAUCCAGAGCCCCGCGGGGGGCACGUGAAACUCCGCCGGCUGGGUCUGCCGCAGCCCACACUCACGGAUUUCAGGCAUCUUUUCCCUCCACCUCGUCUUCGCGGGCCCGUUCUCCCCCUUCUAAGAAGUGAACCUUGAAGUUUCAGCAGGCAAAGCCACACCCCAGCCUUGAAGUCAAGAUGAUGAGGACACUGAGCGAUCCGGUCACAGACCCAUCCUAGGUAGCUGGUCUCUCGCCUUGGAAGUUCCGUCAUAGGGCGAAACCAAGCUUUGUCUCCAUGCCUGGAUUGUGGGAGCAGUGUCAACCCUUGAUUGGCUGGAUAAAGGGGGAAUAGCACAGAGGGUGAGUUCCCUAGUCAAUUCGUUGACAUUGGAUGCAUUUUAAAACACAACCUGUUGUGAGUUUGCAAAAAGCUUCCUGCCUUUCUCCUCAUCUGUGUUCAGAAACCUUUGCACUACUCUGUUUGGUAGAGACUAAGAUCUUCCAAAAUGUCACGUUGAAAGCUGGGCCUGGUGGUGCAGGCCCGUAACCCCAGCUGCCAGAGAGGGUGAGCCAGAAAGAUGGCAAGCUCAAGGCUUUGCCUGGACUGCAGGGUCAAAGCCAGCCUGGGCAGCUUAGUGAGAGCCUAUCUCCAAAACUAUAAAAUAAAGGGCCAGGGAUAGAGCUCAGCCGCAGUGUGUUUGCCUAGCAUGCUGGUGGCUGUAGGCUUAAUCCCAAGCACAAAAAAAUCAUGCCCGUAAUCCCAGCAGCACUUGAAAGGCAGAGGCAGGAGGCUCAGAAGUUCGAGGUCAUCUCUGGCUACCUAGGGAGUUAACUGUCAGCCCACGAUACAUUAGAACCUGUCUCAGAAACAAUGGCCAAACCGCAUCACAGCGAACACAGCUGUUCCUUAUAGUGGAUGACCUUAAUUUCCUCUCACAAAUGACAGCACAUGCAUACAACACUGACCUCUCUCCUCCUCGUGCCCGUGCACACUUAGACCUGCACAUCUACACUCACAAUGUUCUUGAAAGGAAAGAAAUGAAUACGUGGGAGAAAAAAUAUGGUGGAUUCCCAAUUAACAACAACCGAGGUAGUAACAUGACUUCACAUCUCCGUGUCCACCCCUAAGGGAUCCUUGCACAUGCCCACAAAAGAUGCCUACGGAGAGGGGCCAUUGCAUUUUUUUUUUUUUCCAGUAGCACAAAAUUAGAAAUAACUUACAUGAUGGUUGUCAACUUGAUCACACUGAGAAACGGCGGGACACACGGGGACACACCUCCGGGUGUGUCUCUGGGGCUGUUUUGAGAGGCUGACUGAGAACAGUCAUUCAGUAUGGGCGACACUGCUCCACGUGCUGGGAAUACAAAGGGCAUAAAGGUGAAAGGGCAGGUGGGCACCAUCUCCCCCUUUCUCUGCUUCCUGAACAGGGCCAUGGACCCAGCCAUUUCUACUACAUGCCCCCCCCCUGCAAGGAUGGGCUGCAGAGAUUUGAACUGUGAGCCCCAAACACCUGUUCUCCCCAAAGUUGCCUUUUGUCGAUGAUUUGGUCACAGUCGUGACUCAUUAUUAACAAAACUCAUGGCCAUUAAUACGAAAUCUAGAAACGGGCACACCCACCUACAUGUACUUACUGUUAAAUAAGAGAAGCAUGUGUGUGGGGGGGCGUGAGAGGCUUCAACCCCAUCAUAAUGGAGCCCUUUUACGGUGUGUUUGUAACAAAUACAUUUUGAACUGUGAACAGCGGUGCACACCUGUAAUCCCAACAUUUGGUGAUUGAGGUAGGAGGAUCACAGCUUCAAGGCCUUCAUGGGCGACAGUGAAGCUGUAUCCGGAGAAAACAGGAAUACAUUUAACUUGCAAUAAAUAUUUUGUAACAUGCCGUGCACAGUCAGUGAAAGUUGUCAGUAGUUGCGCAGGAUUUCACAUAAUUUCAACUAAAAUUAUCGAUAACUAGAAAUGUCAUGUAAGGAGGAUACAGAAGUAACUAUUAGUCAGAUUUUAAGGUUCUGUGGUGUGUGCACGUGUGUGUGUGUGUGUGUGUGUGUGUGCAGAUCUGCCUGCCUCUGCAUCCUGAGUGCUGGUAUGUGCUACCAUCAUCUUGCUUGAGUCUGGGAACUUUUAAAAUUGGACUGAUUAAGCCCAGCCCUGUGGAGGCCGAGGCAGGCAGAACUCUGAGUUUGGGUCCAGCCUGGUCUAUAUAGCUCCAAGCCUACCAAGGCUACAUAGUGAGACAACAAAUAAAUACAAUCAGACUGAACACAGUUUUACACUAUAACUGGGACAAAGGGUCAAAAGUUAUGGCUUAAAAGGUAUGUGUUUUGCCAAGUGUAGUGACACAGGCCUUUAGUUCCAGCACAUGGGAGGCAGGGGCAGUUGGACCUCUGUGAGUUCAAGGCCAGUCUGGUACACAGUGUGUUCCGAGGCCAGCCAAGGGCUACAUAGCGUCUUAGGGUUACCCUUGGUGUGAUGAAAUACCGUGACCAAAGCAACUUGGGGAGGAAAGGGUUAAUUUGGCUUAUACUUCCCUAUCACUGUCAACCAUCAAAGGAAGACAGGUCAGGGAUUUAAACAGGGCAGGAACCUGGAGGCAGGAGCUGAGGCAGAGGCCAUGGAGGAGUGCUGCUUACUGGCUUAUUCCCCUUGGCUGGGUCCACCUGUUUUUUUAUAAAACCCAGGACCACCAGCGCCGUAUGGCGAUACCCAUAAUGUGCUGUCCCUCCCCCAUCCAUCACUGAUUAAGAAAAUACCCUUCAGCUGGAUCUCCUCCCCAACUCCUCACCCCCCAGAGACAGGGUUUCUUUGUGUGACCUUGACUGUCUUGGCUGUCCUGGAGCUCGCUCUGUAGGCCAGGCUGACCUCAAACUCUCAGAGAUCCGCCUGCCUCUGCCUCCAAAGUGUUGGGAUUAAAGGUGUGUGUCAUGCCCAGCUCAGAUCUUGAUCUGCAAAUAGAAGGCAAAGUGAAAGAGAGUGGGAAAGAUGUGAGUCUUUUGAAACAUCAAAGCCCAUCCCUAGUGACACACCUCUUCCAGUAGCCAUCUUAGCCACAGAGUGAGGUCAAGCCAGGUUGGGUAACAAGAGGUUUGGGGGGGGGAUAUGGAAGAUUUCUCCAAAGAAUGGAUACUUUAGUUCCGGCACUCAGGAGGCAGAGGCAGGCAGAUCUCUGCGAGUGUGAAGCCAGCCUGUUCUACAAAGAGAAUCCAGGACAGCCAAGGCUACACAGAAGAGCCAUGUCUUGAAGGAUUAAAAAAAAAAAAGAAAAGAAAAGAAAAAAGAAAAGAAAAGAAAAGAAAAAGAUACUUAGCAAAGAUUCUGUGACUCAGACUCAAAGAAAGUAAAGCCCAGACUUUUCCUCUGCUCUUCUGCACAGCUGUGCCGGUGGGUUUGAGGGGAGGUCCAGUUAUCUAAAAGGAGGUCAUGCCUAUUCCUGAAGGUAGUGUCUAUUACCGUCCCUCACUAACGUAGCUGUUGUCUUGAUCCACUAAGCUGACAUGGUGCUGUGUACCUAUAUUACUGUUAUUGCCUGUUGUGAUUACUAAUGAUAUUAAUUAAUCAUUUAAUUGUGUGUGUGUUUGUGCUAUGGCUCAUGGGUGGAGGUGAGGGGACAACUUUGUAAAGUCAGUUCUUUCCACUGUAUGAGUCCGGGGGACACAAACUUAGGUCAUGAGGCUUAGUGUUGGCAAGUGCUUUACCUGGACAAGCAAGCUCAGUGGCCCUUGCCUGGUGCAUUGCUCCUGAGGCUUAGGUCCUUUCUGUUAGUACUUCCUGGGGUUGGAGAGAUGGCUCAGUGGUUAAGAGCACUCGCUGCUCUUGCAGAGGACCUGGUUGGUCCCCAGACUUUUAGUGCGCCCUCUACUGCCAGUGCCACCUGUCUUAGGGUUUCAUUGCUGUGAAGAGACACCAUGACCACGGCAACUCUUAUACAGGAAAACGUUUCAUUGGGGUUGGCUUACGGUUCCGAGGCUUAGUCCAUUAUCAUCAUGGCGGGAAGCCUGGCAGUAUGCAGCAGACACGGUGCUGGAGAUGGAGCUGUGAGUUCUACAUCUUGACCCACAGGCAGCAGGAGCCAGUGUCCCAUAGGAGACCUCAAAGCCCACCCUCACAGUGACACACUUCUAUCCAACAAGGCCACACCUGCUCCAACAAUGCCAUGCGUCCUAAUAGUGCCACUCCCAAUGGGCCACAUUCAAACACAUGAGUCUGUGGGAGCCAUGCCUACUCAAAGCAGCACCCCUUGUCUCUUCGCUUGGAAUCUCUUUCUUGAUCCAGCGUUCGUUGCCACUGGAGCCCUAGUUCCAGUCUGUUCCCCAGGCUCCAGCUGAAUGGCAGGCGGGCACCUUCUGGCAUGCUAGCCUAAAACAAUCUAGGCAUCUCUUGUGGGGACGCCGGCAGCCGUUAGAAAGUUCCCCAAACAAUCUGGGCAGGCACAGCAAUGCACGGCACUCAGGGGGCCCCUUCUUUUCUCCUCCAGUAUGGCUCCCCAAGACUAACGGCAGGCUUAGCGGCCGGUGCCAUUAUGCGCUGAGCCAUCUUGCCGGCGCUUGGGAGGCUGAGGGAAAAGGCCUCCGUUGCAGGCCAGUCUGAGCUCUACAGAGAGCGCUGAGCAACAAUAUUCUAACCUCUAAAAUACAAUAAAUGGGAAAAGUGGGUCAUAACCCAUCCCAUUUGCUGCUGCUUACAUAUAUAGCCACUGAGCGGGCCUCAGGGAAAACCGUGGUGUAAACAGGCUUCUCCCGGGUGGGCAGCUGCCAGAGUUGAGGGGAAGACUGGAGGAAGACUGUAAGCUCCGUCUGUACAUUCUGCAUUUUGUCCUAUGUGCAUGUAAAACCUAUUUUUUUUUUUAACUGAAUAAAAGAGGAGUGAAUAACUUGCCUAGUUCAGCUCAGCCUCCAAGCUGUGCAGCGGCUCCCUGGUCUCCAGGGGAAACGCUAGGCUUCUGGUUCUUAGAUAUUGACAAGGGCCUUGUUACCGUUCCGGCUCUACCUGCCCUACACUGACCCCUCCAGCUGCAUGAUCCAGCGCUGCUGAAUCCUGGCAGACACCGAAGUGAACCGGCUUUGCCUCAGUGCCUUCCUCCCCACUCAUUCCUCUC